UAUUAUUUUUGUUUAGAUGGAAAAAGACACUGUGAAAUGUUUUCUCUGUCGCUUAGAAGCUCAUAUGUACUGUUCAAUGUGUGAAAAAAUACUCUGCACAGAAUGCAUUGCUAAGCACAUAGUGAUGAAAUCCGUCUUCGGACACAGCAUCAUCAAGUACGUUGACAGGAAUCGCUCGCAUGUUCGAACACCACGCAGUAUAACACUUCCGGGGAAAACUCUUAAACCGGAAGCAGAAAUAAUAUGUACCAUAAAAUGUGACUACAAUUGGUUGCACGACAUAUGCUGCCAAGGAACUGACCAAUUUUGGGUGUGUGGAAGAAAUUCAGAUAUAAAGUGUCUAAAUUUGAAAGGUGAAAUGGUUCGUUCAGUUACUGUUAACGGCGAUCCCCAGAGACUUGCAAUAGACCACAAAGGAGAAUUGUUCUAUGUAGACUUUCAGACGAAUUCAGUCUUGAAAUUAUCCGGGACAUCGGUCAACAACAAGACAUACCCACUAUUCUGUGCAGGUGUUUGGCAACCACGAGGGCUGGCAUUUACGUUGUUAAAUGACGUUCUUGUAAGUUUGUACAAGCCCAGCGAAAGCAAGGUAGUAAAAUAUGACUCCAUGAAUGGAAACCCUAUUCAAGAGUUUCAGAAUGAAAGAAAUGGAAAGUUGCUCUUCGAAUUUCCUGGAUAUCUUGCAGAGAACAAAAAUGGUGAUAUCUGUGUUUCUGAUAAACACAAAGUCAUAUGCACAACUUCACACGGACUGCUUAAAUUCACAUACCAUGGCAAUCGAACAACCUCCAGUGUAAGGAAGUUUGAUCCCCAUGGGAUAGCUAUGGACAGUCAAAGUAAUAUUAUCAUUACAGAUUUCUCUAACGGUAAACUUCACAUGAUCAAUAGUGAAGGAGUUUUUCAAAGGAUUUUCUUGUCGGGGAUGCUAGGACACCCUAUCGGGCUCAGCAUCGAUGCAGAGGACAAGAUAUGGCUGGCGGAGGGUUGGGCGAGUGGACUGGUGAGGGUGAUCAAAUACUGGGCUGAAGAGCCGGCCUCAUUCCUCAACCCAUCACCGGAUAAUGACAACGUCUUCAUCUGACUUUUAAAAAUUAUAUAUCGUAAAAGCAGCUGCACGAUUUUAUUUUAGUACACAAAAAUGUGUUAUUUUAAUGAAGAAUAACAUGUAUGUGUUUUGUUCUAUUUAUUGCAUCCUUUUAUGUUAUUAAAACUAAAAAUCAA